AAUAAUUUUUAGUCGUGCGAAAAUAGUUGAUUGAAAAAGAUUUCUCGCGUAGUUUCAUUGUAUAAGCUGUUUCGAUUUUCUAUUCUGUCUGCCGCAUAGGUAAACGAAUCCUUCAUUUUCAUUAAAGACGAAGAAUGAUUGAUACCGAACUUAAUGAAGAGUCCGAGGUACGGGAUAAAGAGAUCGCUAACGAGAGCAGUUUGGAUGCUAUACUCGUUCGUAUUGGAGAAUUUGGACGUUUUCAGUUGUUCAACUAUGUAUUACUUUGCUUCCCCAUGAUUUUCAACGCUUUUCAAUCUAUUUCUUAUGUUUUUACAGCAAGUUCCGUCGUUUAUAGAUGCAAUGUAACAUUAUGCGAUAGCGCCAGAAGUGAAUAUUGGGAGCCGUGGUUGAAUUUCACAAUACCAUCUAUUAAUUCCAAUUUCGAUCAAUGUCAUCGCUACGCUAUUAUUCAUAGCUCCGAUACGCAGCUGAAAUGUUCUGCGGAGAACUUUAACAGUUCACAGCUGGAGAAUUGUUACGAUUACAAGUUUCGAGACCUAGAGUACACAAUUGCUAACGAGUUCAAUUUCCUUUGUUCUAACGAAUGGAAACUAACUAUGGCCGGGACAUUUAAUAAUAUCGGGCAAUUUAUUGGCAUUCCAUUGGGUGGUUUAUUGGCCGACAAAUUUGGUCGUCGAACAAUGCUGGCUAUUGGAGGCUUUUUAAGUUCAAUUAUGGGCUUAAUUAAAUCGUUCGCAACGAACUAUGGCAUGUUUCUCACGUUCGAAACGUUCGACAUGAUUGUAGGUAGUACCCUCUACCCAACCGCAUUUCUUUUGGCUAUUGAGUUGGUGGGGCCGAAACGGCGUGUUGCAGCUGCCACAAUUAUUACCAUGUUCUAUCCAUUAGGUGAAGUUCUGCUGGGCGUAUUCGCGAAACAAUUUCACAAUUGGCGAAUACUUUUACGCGUUCUGUACGCACCGGCUAUCUUACAUAUAUUUCUACUAACACUUUUACCGGAGAGUAUCCGUUGGCUGCUGAGCCAAGGCAAAGAAGGCAAAGCCGUUGCAGUGUUGACAGAAGCCGCACGUGUUAAUGGCAAAUUUAUACCUGAAUUAAAUCUUGUCAACCUAAUGGAAUCGAACAAACAGAAACUGGAAGAUAACGCUGAGGAGAUUUACCCAAUUAAAGAUGCUAUCAAAGUUUUUUUUUGGCGUAUAGCCAAUUGUUCAUUAUGUUGGUUCACGCAUACACUAAUAGCAUUGGGCUUAAGCUUGACUUCCGUUAAUUUAGGAGGCAACAAGUAUAACAAUUUCAUAUGGAACGGCUUAAUACAAAUUCCUGGUCUUAUAUUGCCACUCUUUAUCAUGGAUACCCUGGGACGACGAGUAUCAUUGUUCGCUUCAAUGCUAACGUGUGCCUUAUGUAUGGCAGCGACAAUAUUUUUCGCCAAAUAUGGUCAGGGUGUAGAGUUGGCUUUAUUUCUAAUUGGAAAAUUUGCUAUUACAUGCAGUUUUCAAAUUUUAUAAUUUUUCACUUCGGAGAUCUUUCCCACCAAAGUGCGGAACAGUUUAUUAUCUUUGUGCUCAAUGAUUGGACGCUUCGGCUCAAUGCUGGCCCCUCAAACUCCGUUAUUGGUUAACUAUUAUGAAUUUUCACCGCAAAUUUUGUUCGCAUCGUUUGCUUUAGUAAGCGGAUGUUUGACGCUUCUUUUUCCGGAGACGGCUAAUAAAACUUUGCCGACUACAAUGGUUGAAGCAUCCCAACUAAGCAAAAAUGUUAAUCACCGCAAAUGUAACGAUAAUUAAUUUGAUUGGUUUUCAUAGUUGCACUGUUUAUAUGUUGUAAUU